AUGAGACCAUCACAGACGGACUUUCCUGCUCAGAUGAACUUUCCUGCUCAGACGGACUUUCCUGCUCAGAUAUACUUUCCUGCUCAGAUGAACUUCCCUGCUCAGACGGACUUUCCUGCACAGACGGACUUUCCUGCUCAGAUGAACUUUCCUGCUCAGACGGACUUUCCUGCUCAGAUAUACUUUCCUGCUCAGACGGACUUUCCAGCUCAGAUGAACUUUCCUGCUCAGACGGUCUUUCCUGCUCAGACGGACUUUCCUGCUCAGACGGACUUUCCUGCUCAGACGGACUUUCCUGCUCAGUCGGACUUUCCUGCUCAGACUGACUUUCCUGCUCAGACGGACUUUUCUGCUCAGACGGACUUUACAGCUCAGGCGGACUUUCCUGCUCAGAUGGACUUUCCUGCUCAGGCGGACUUUCCUGCUCAGAUGAUCUUUCCUGCUCAGAUGAACUUUCCUGCUCAGACGGACUUUUCUGCUCAGACGGACUUUCCUGCUCAGAUGGACUUUCCUGCUCAGAUGGACUUUCCUGCUCAGAUGGACUUACCUGUUCAGAAGGACUUUCCUGAUCAGACGGACUUUCCUGCUCAGAUGAACUUUCCUGCUCAGAUAGACUUUCCUGCUCAGAUGAACUUUCCUGCUCAGAUGAACUUUCCUGCUCAGAUGAACUUUCCUGCUCAGAUGAACUUUCCUGCUCGGACGGACUUUCCUGCUCAGAAGGACUUUCCUGAUCAGAUGAAUUUUCCUACUCAGAUAGACUUUUCUGCUCAGAUGGACUUUCCUGCUCAGAUGGACUUUCCUGAUCAGACGGACUUUCCUGCUCAGAUGGACUUUCCUGAUCAGACGGACUUUCCUGCUCAGAUGAACUUUCCUGCUCAGAUGAACUUUCCUGCUCAGAUGGACUUUCCUGCUCAGGUGGAUGUUCCGUAA